CCAGCUCAGAAGCGACUCGAACCUUGGAGAUGAAGGUUCUUUGCAAAAUAUUAGCGGUGUGCUCGCUGCUCGUCAGCGCCCAGGCGUUCGCGGCAGUUGAACCAUUCAAGACCUCCAAGGCGGACAUCUUUCAGUCCCUGUUAUUCGAUGCCGUCACGGGACGCCUGCAGGAGUCUCAACCCGAUGACCUCGUGCAGGACUGUGCUGCUCUCUACACGGUGGACAACAUUGAGAUCCUCAUAACGGCUGGCUACAAGAUUCAGCGUUGCAACAAAGUGAACGAGCGAGCCAUCGAGGGACACAAUGAUGGUCAGAGGGAGCUUUUCGAGGCCGAGAUGAUUGGUUGCGCUGUCCUGGAUUCGGAGAGCGAUACCUACUCCUGUUAUGCCGAUGCGGUUCUCAACCUGUUCAGCCGGGACAAUGUGCAUGUUGCUCGCCAGGAUUACCGUCGCCGCAAGGCCUGUGUCAUUCGUGAAUUCACCAAGGCUGUGAUCAAGCUAAACGAAGCUACCAAUGAGCUGGCCAACUGCCUGGUCCAACAGCCCCCCCAGAACAGCACUGUGCUGCCUCCACAGAACACCACCAUUGACACCACCACUCCUUCCCCUUGGGAAGGUCCUACCUAUCCUUCGAACAGCACAGUGCUGCCUCCCCAGAACACCACCACCGGCCAGCCGGGAUGGAACUCCACCCACUGGCCCAAUACGAACACCACUCCUAAUUUUACCACCAUUGCCACCACCACUCCUUCCCCUUGGGAAGGAAAUACUACCUAUCCUUGGAAUCCUACCAACUCUACACAGGCACCUUGGGGAAACACUACCUAUCCUUGGUAUCCAACCAAUUCUACUCAAGGACCUUCGGGAGGAAACACUACAGCUAGUCCUUGGAAUCCUACCAACUCAACACAGGCACCUUGGGGAAACACUACCUAUCCUUGGUAUCCUACGAACACCACUGAUGGACAAUGGGGAUCAAACACUACUGCUAGUCCUUGGAAUCCUACCAACUCUACUCAAGGACCUUGGGAAAAUACUACAUAUCCUUGGUAUCCAACCAAUUCUACUCAAGGACCUUCGGGAGGAAACACCACCUACAAUCCGUGGGUUCCCACCAACAACACUGAUUUACCUUGGAAUGGAAAUACAACCUGGUGGCCCAAUAACACCACCACCGGUCAACCCGGAUGGAACUCCACCCAAUGGCCCAAUACAAACACCACUCCCAACUUUACCACAAUUGGCACCACCACUCCGUUCCCGCCCUGCAACACCACCUGGUAUCCUACGAACAGCACUGAUGGACAAUGGGGAUCAACCACUACUUACAAUCCGUGGGUUCCCACCAACAACACUGAUGUACCCUGGACUGGAAACAGUACUUUCAAUCCCUGGUGGCCUACGAACUCCACCGCAGCACCGUCGACUGGAAACACGACCUUCAAUCCCUGGUGGCCCACGAACUCCACCGCAGCACCUUCGACUGGAAACACUACCUACAAUCCCUGGGGGCCCACGAACUCCACUCAAAGACCCAUCUACAACAGCACCACGGAGGGUCCCUGGAACUACACCACCGUUCCCGUCAGGACGACCACUGCCACCGGUGACUGGUUCAAACAUCUCCUGAACGAGCUGGGAGACCUGUUCUAGACGCGAUGGAAGCAACAGAAGCACGUCCCUGUCCUCUUCUCAGAGAGAGAGAGGACAGUAGUUUAAGCUCUAGGCCUUGAAAUAAAUAAACUUAUCAGCAUUGAAAA